AUGUCUAUCGAAGCUGCUGCCAAAGAACUAAAAGCUGCCUUAAAGCAAUACCCAAACUUUCCAAAAGAAGGUAUUUUAUUUGAAGAUUUCUUACCAAUUUUCACUAAACCAGAAUUAUUUCAAAAAUUGAUUGAUGCUUUCAAAUCUCAUUUGAAUGCUGAAUUUCCAAAGGUUGAUUAUAUUGUUGGUUUAGAAUCCAGAGGUUUCUUAUUUGGUCCAGCUUUGGCUUUAUCCAUGGGUGUUGGGUUUGUUCCAGUUAGAAAAGCCGGUAAGUUACCCGGUACUUGUGUUCAAGCAACCUACCAAAAGGAAUAUGGUUCUGAUGUUUUUGAAAUGCAAAAGGAAGCUAUUCCAGCUGGAUCUAAUGUUGUCAUCGUUGAUGAUAUCAUUGCUACAGGUGGCUCUGCUGCUGCUGCUGGUGAAUUAGUCCAAAAGGUUGGUGCUAAAUUAUUAGAAUUCGAUUUCGUCAUGGAAUUAGAUUUCUUAAAAGGUAGAGACAAGUUGCAAGCCCCAACAUUUACCUUAUUAAAUGGCCAAGAAGAAUCUUUAAAGAAAUAA